CAAGCCAGGCUUUAUCCUGCUUGUCUGUCCCGCUCACUCAGACCUCGCAGGAAACUCCCCCCUGCCCUCACACUCACUCACCUUCCCUUAACGCACUUUUUACUUUCACACACAGUCCCACCGGCUGCGCUGAGUCUGACCAGAGACGAUGGCUGUGUCCAUGUGGAGAAUGAAUGGGCUCUGGAGAAGGAUGGCGGGAAUUCUGGUGCUCUGCUUUCUAUUGCUCAGCAAUGAGGUGUUAUGUCAAACUCCAGAAAUGCAUGCCACAUCUCCAUCUACAGUCUUUCCACCUUCAAGCAACAAUCCUGGGGGAGAAGACGCUCCAGCCGCCACUGCUGCCAGUAAAACAGCUCCUACUCCCGGUGCUGCUGGUGGUGAUGAUGCUCCUGAAGCUUCUACACUUGUACUUAAUGAUGACAAGGAUGGAGAUAUCUCAGGCAACUCAGAUGCUGCUGCUGCCCUCCCUGGCAGGGCCAGUGAUGUGGCUUUGGUCCCUGAGGUCCUGGUGCUUAAUGUGAAUUGUGUUGGAAAGGAGGAUAUCCCAGAAAAUAAUGCUGUCAGUGCUGUGGUGACAACAACCAACUGUGAGGAAACUAAACAAAUUAUUGAGGAGAACCCUGCUGCCUGGUGCCUCGGGGACAGCUGUGAUUUAAAUAUCGCCCAAGAUGGCAACAAAAUAUUUGUGGCCAGCAAGGAUGCGAAGUUGAGCACUUUGGCUGACGUACUCCAGAGUUCACAGUUGAAAGACAAGCUGGGUGUGACAAAGACUGAGACCCUGUCAUCACCAGGAUCCUCAGUAUUUGCUGGAAUACUGGUUUCUGGUCUGCUUGUUGCCAUUGGAAUUGUUGUAGGUUAUUGGAAAUGCCAACGCAGGUCUGUCACCAAGGAACCGAGGCUGCCAGAGGAUGCCUAUCCAGUAGAUCAGGAGAACCAGGGGAACACUCUUGUAUCUGUGGCCCCCCUCAACCCCCCACCAGAAACCCAGGAGAAACCCAGUGUAAAUGGAGAGUCCCCUGAGGCAGCCAAGACCCAGCCUCCCCCUCCCACCAAUGGCCACUCCACUGCCAAGACAGCGGACACCGAGCUGUGAAAUAGUCCUCAACGCAUUGCAGCCCACGAACUACCCCCCACCCCCACCCCUAUCCCCCACCCCCAACACAUCCAUCAAUACACAUGCCCAUGAAAACACACUGCCUUUUCUGAAUCCACUCCUGCCCAACCACACAGCAAAGUGGACAUCAGGGGCUAGAACAAACUCCUACAUCAACGCUCCUCUUGUUAUGGUCCUCCUUUGGCAAUGUGCCUCAACAAACAUCAGGAAAACUAGUUUGAUGAUGAUGAUGAUGAUGGUGGUGAUGGUGAUGAAAGAUAUUGAUGAUGAUGAAGGCUCAGUCCCUGGGUUGUUGACGGCAGUCAGGCUGAGGACGAGAGACGCGAGAUGGGCAGCUCUGGGUGGGAACAGAGUGUAUUUCGGCAUUAAUCAGCACUGGCUCCCAUGACGACUGCAACCUCUGGAGUCACAGCCAUGUGCUGUCAACACCCAGCAGGGUCUCUGCUUCUCGUCAGAUUUAAAGCUUCAAACAAAUCCUCCACUAGAAAACAGAGAACAUAAAUGAAAAUGUUCCUUGGUUUAUUGAUAAGCCAUGACAGACAAAGAGGAAGCAAAUCACACUGCCUUGAAAUCUGUUCUCAGAGAGAAAAUCCAUUGGGCUCUCACCUUGUUUGUCUGACUGAGUGAUUGAAUGUGUAGAUGUGUGUGUGUGUGUGUGUGUGUGUGUGUGUGUGUGUGUGUGUGUGUGUGUGUGUGUGUGUGUGUGUGUGUGUGUGUGCUGCUGUCCGCGUGUGUGUUAACAUAUACUUGCAUCUGUACUGUGCAUGGACUGUAUACUGUAUAUCUAUACAUGCAUCUAAGCUUAUCUUGCUUACUGUAUGUACUGUAUGCAUGUUUGACGAGGAGUGAGAAUGCGAUCACGUGAGCGAGUUUGAAUGUGCAUGUGACAUUGGACAUGAAAAGUGUACAGUUUUGUAAAAUGAGUUGACAAAGUGAUGGCUCACUGAGUUACAGUCGGUCACCGUGACGAGGAGGAAGUAGAACUGAAGUUUUAAUCACACCAUCUUCUUGAAGAGGAGUAGCCGUAAGGAACUCUCCAGUCUGCUACUGCAAACUGAAGUGAGAUCAGUCACAAAGAUGACAGGCCUCUUAACAGUGGCUUCAGAGUCGCUGCUGAAAUGACAGUCUGACCAGCAGACUCACGAAGGCUUCAGACACAGAGCCUCUUACUGUCAGCUCUGCCCAUCCAUUUGUCAGUGUUAUUCUCUUUUCAAUAUAUUGCGUAAGCUCUUUUUACUAUCAGUAUUCUAUUGAGCAGUGUGAAUAGUAUGGUGACUUUUUUUUUUAUUCUGUGUAUGCAUACUUGCUAUGUUCAUCUUAUGUGCCAAAGAAUUUCAUUUCAUAGCUCAUGUACUAAAACAUGUACCUCGUGCCACCUUUACAACCUUUGAUCCAGGUCAUAUGCAAUACAGGAAUAUGCUCAAGGGCUGUGACUGUUAAGACGAAGCAUGUAGUGGCCAAAAUCUGUGAUUUUUCUUUUUCCUUUAUUGACCCGUAAGUUCAGGUGACAUCAGUUCUUACUGACAUACCAGAGGUAAAAUACAUAAGGAAAAUGAAUUUUAUUUUUGUCAAACUGGAACAAAGAAAAGUUUUCUGACAUAUAAAUGGGAUAUCUCACA